AUGGUGAAGCUUCGGACAAGCACUGUGGCGCCUGACAAGGCAAAGCUUACAGAAGACAAUCUCCCUGAUCAGACAGGAAAGGUCUUCAUUGUUACUGGCGCCUCCAGUGGUGUUGGUAAAGAACUCGCGAGAAUAUUAUACCAGCGCAAUGCCAAGGUGUGGCUCGCAGCACGGUCUGAGUCUCGGACUAUGGAGGCUAUAAAUGACAUCAAGAGCUCUCAUCCUAGCUCCAGAGGCCAAUUGUCAUUCCUUAGCCUUCAACUAGACGAUCUGUCGACGAUCAAAGCAUCCGCGGAGGAGUUUCUCUCCAAAGAGUCUCGUCUUGACGUUUUAUGGAACAACGCAGGCGUCAUGCACCCGCCGGAGGGCUCAACCACUGUUCAAGGCUAUGAGCUGCAGCUCGGCACUAAUGUUCUUGGCCACUUUCUCUUUGUCCGCUUCUUGACCCCAAUCCUACGACAAACGGCCGAAACGGCUCCUCGCCACACAGUCCGAGUGGUUUGGGUUUCUUCCAUGGCUGCUGAUUUUGCCCCUUGCCCUGCGAUUGAUUUCAACAACAUGGAUUACCACAAAGAUGAAAGCAUUUCUCAAAAGUAUGGCCGAUCGAAGGCGGGAAACUUGAUCCAUGCAGCCGAGUUCGCCCGGCUUCAGCAGAAUGCCGGCAUUGUUAGCACGUGCGUACUGACUGGAGCUGUGACGCAGUCUUUGAACCCCGGACUGCUCCAGACGAACUUGCAACGGAACUUCUCUGCCACACAAGCGGCAUUUGUUAAAAUGGCGGGAAGCCCAGCCAAGUUCGGGGCUUACACCGAAUUGUUUGCUGGACUAGACUCUUCCAUCACACCUGAGGAUCUUUGGGUCACUCCAUUUGGAAGGAAGGCAGAGCCACGUAAAGAUCUCGUGGACCCUGAGCUUGGUCGCAAGUACUGGGAGUGGAGCGAAGCCCAAGUACGGCCAUUUUUGUAG